CGCCGCCGUACCAAUGCGCAGGCAGCACCUCCGCGGGAUAGGUCUCCCCAAAUCGAGGCUGCGCUCGGGGCGAUCCUGCGCCUGAAUGAGGGGCGCGUCAUGCCUGUCCUCCUCCUCCUCCGCUCUGCGCGAUCAGUGGCUCUGCGCUCCGCAAUCCCCUGGCACGCCGGACCGCCCUCGACGGCUCUGCUAUCGCCGUCCCGCUCACACUGAAUGGCUGCCUGGAGCGAGGAAAACCGGGGGCAGAGAGCGCUGCGUCUCCUCCUCUGAACCAAGGCUCCGCAUCAGCUUCCCCCGCGAGGCGCAAAACCCUUAGGUGGUGUGCGUAGGCGCACCAUGGCCCAGACCCUCCAGAUGGCGAUCCCAAACUUCGGCAACAACGUUUUAGAGUGUCUGAACGAGCAGCGACUGCAGGGCCUGUACUGUGAUGUCUCCGUAGUGGUCAAGGGCCAUGCCUUCAAGGCUCAUCGAGCUGUCCUGGCUGCCAGCAGCUCCUAUUUCCGGGACCUCUUUAGCAGCAGCAGCAAUGGCUCCGGUGGUAGCGGUAACGAGACAAACCCGACCGUGGUGGAGCUCCCACCGGCCGUGCAGCCUCAGAGCUUCCAGCAAAUUUUGACUUUCUGUUACACUGGCCGUCUCAGCAUGACAGUGGGGGACCAGUUUCUGCUCAUGUAUACUGCUGGCUUCCUGCAAAUCCAGCAGAUCAUGGAAAAGGGCACUGAAUUCUUCCUCAAGGUAUCUUCUCCUAGCUGUGACUCCCAGGGCCUUCAUGCAGAGGAGGCUCCACCUUCAGAGCCGCAGAGUCCGGUAACGCAGACCGGCAGCAGUGCAGCCCGGCCCGCCUCCAGCCUGACGCCGCUCCCCCUGGUAUCGCGGGUCAAGACGGAGCAGCCGGUCAGCCAGCCCGAAGCCACUGCUCCUUACUCUGUGGUCUGCACUCCCGUUGCCAAGCGGCUGUGGGAGGGGGGCAGCAGCCGGGAUGGAGGCAGUGUAGGUUCAGGGGCAGGAGGCGGGGCCAGGAAGGCUGCCCGCUAUUCCCAGGAGGCAGUGCGGGGCAGUGCUAUCCAGAGUCCGGGAGCUCUUGGACUGGCCAUAAGUAUGGGGGCCACUACAACCGGCCUGGCGGGCAUGAUGGGCAGCGGCAGUGCAGGAACCAACGGAAGCUCAGCAACCGGGCUAGGUAUGUCGGAGGGCGCCAGCCCGGGCACUCUGAGCACCUACGCUAGUGACUCGCCCAUCAGCUACCACGAUGAUGAAGAGGAAGAAGAGGGGACAGAUGAAAGUGCCGAAGAGCAGUACAGGCAAAUCUGCAACAUGUAUACCAUGUACAGCAUGCUCAACAUGGGAGCUGCAGCAGCUGGCGAGCGUGUGGAGGCUCUGCCAGACCAUACAGAGACUCGCGGUCGGAUGAGAGGCCGGGACCUAACGUGUCUACCUGCAGAACUCAUCGCUCAGAUAGGGAACCGUUGUCAUCCCAAACUGUACGAGGAGGGAGACCCCGCAGAAAAGCUGGAGUUAGUCUCAGGUACUUCUGUGUAUAUAUCUCGAGCUCAGCUAAUGAACUGUCAUGUGAGUGCGGGGACCAGACACAAGGUGCUACUGAGGAGGCUGCUGGCUGCCUUCUUUGACAGGAACACUCUGGCCAACAGCUGUGGAACAGGCAUCCGCUCAUCCACCAAUGACCCAAGCCGCAAGCCCCUGGACAACAGAGUGCUACAUGCAGUCAAAUUUUAUUGCCAGAAUUUCGCCACCAGCUUCAAAGAGAGCGAGAUGAACGCCAUCGCGGCCGACAUGUGCACCAACGCCCGGCGUGUGGUCCGAAAGAGCUGGAUACCCAAGCUCAAGCUGCUGAUGGCCGAGAGCGACGCCUACUCUGCUUUCCUCCCAGACGGGGUCAAGACGGAGGACGACGCCCUGGGGGCGGAUCCGACCUUCGACCCCACCUCGCUGGAGGCCGGCGGCGCCGCCAUCGAGUCGGGCGGCUCUUCAGGUGAAUCUCUGCCCAGUGUGGGCGGGGACGGAGGACAGUUGUUCUGAACACUGAGCCCAGGGAAGGUUCAAGAUGGGUGAUGCACAUGCCCGUUUCCCCCCAGUCGUGCUUGCCUCCUCACUCUCUGGCCCACGCUGAUCUCUCACAUUUUGACUGUCUGUACUACACUGCUUGGGGCAACAGCUGUUACCCCGAUAUAACCAGGACGUGAAAUCUUACAAGUUUUGCUUUAUGACUGUAAAAAUGGGUUAGUGGAGGAUUUGGAGGAGUCUAAGAGAGACUGGCUUUUGCCUCCCCUUGUCUUUUUAAGGUGUGUAAGCGCAUCCAGUGUUGCAUCAUAAAUACAUUCCCUGAGAUGCAGGCGGUAGGGGGCUACCAGUGCAGCCUGAGGAGGAGGGGAUGGCUGGACGGAUAGGUCAGGAGUAGAGAUGAGACAAGAAUAAUGAAUGUACGUGUCGCUGGCAUUUUUCUCUAUGCAAGCCUGACAACUUUUGUUCCAGCCUCGGGAAAGAAGCUAAAUUUUCAAAAAUAGACAUCUUAUUAAAGCAAAUUAACACUACUCGUUCCUCGUCCCCUCACAACUUCCCCUCAUCACCCUGCAAGUAUUCUUCAACCCACCUCACCUCUCCUGAGACUAAAGAUUCUCACCUGAGUGUUUCACUGUGCCGUGUCUUAUAGAACUACUCUCAUCUUCCUCUGUUUUCUUGAUAAAUUUUUUGCAAGUUUUUUUUAUUUUUAUUUUUUUGUUUCUGUCUAUGAGCUGAAAAGAGGGAGAAGGAACGCUUCUUGCCAAGAUGAUUGUAAAGAUUGAAGGGCAACAGGUAACUUAAGAUGGACAUAUUUUUGGAUGACACACUAUAUUUAUACAAGUGCCCAUGCCUGGAGCGGUGUGAGCCAAGAGAAUGAUAGGGAUUGUUUUAAAAUCUCGAUGUUCAUCUUUUAAUGAAAGAGCUCUUGUAAAAUAAGGAGAAGUGCUAUUUUUACAGGGGUAUGAAAAAGCUGUCUUGUCAUAGGAGCCUCUGUCGUUUAUUUUUAACUUCACUUUAAAGUGAAAGAGAUGGAGUGAGCAGUUGAACUGCUAAAUUUGAUGCAUUUCAUCUUCUGUUCACUGGCUUAAAAGGAACAAGAAGAGUGUAUCAGCUAGCUUGACUGUGUCUGAAAAUGUUGAAUCUCUUGUUAGGUUGUGGCCCUGCAACGUUUUCCUCCUUUGAUAAAACAGUUGAUCACAGUUUUGGAAACUACUUGUAGAAACCUAAAGGUUAUGUUGAUCUGAAAACUUGGCUAGCUUUGUCUUUGUACAGACAUUAUUGAAAAGUUAUAAAUUAUUGGAUAUCAGAAUGUGCCUUUCAACUGAGAUCAGUACGCUGAAGCCAACGGAUGCAGUGAUGUCACAGAGUCGAGUCGAUAUUGCUUGAAGUAAACCGAUUUUAUGGUACUAUUGGUGUGUGUGCCACGUAGUUUUUUGGUAGAGAAGGCAAGUCUGUCCUGUGCAGAUGCGUCUCUCAGUGCGUAGUGGAUUCAUCCGUGUUUUGCACCUCUUCAAUCUUGAGAUCCAAGACGGCUUUAUUUUGGAGUUUGACAUUAUUUUUGCACCUUCCACGAGCAGUAGAGUGGUGAUUUAUGCACCUUAAAGAGAAGAACCAAUGGUUCAAGCACCUUUCUUGAAAAAUGUUGUGUAGCAAUCAAACCCAUAUAGGUGGAAUUUGUCAUUUUCUUCCCUCCUCCCAUCCCUGUCUGUGUUUUCUUAUUUGUAGGUGGCACAAACAUCUACUGUAAAUAACCAAGAAGACUGUUGAGUUAAAUCCCAAGUGUUCUUCCUCUUAGUUGCUUGACGUGUCUGUUCAAGAAAUGUUAACAACUGAUUUAUUUUUUUCCAUGUAAAUGUCUGUGUUUGAACAUUUUUGAAUGCUUGUUGGCCUGUUGGACGCAGGUCAGGAUUAUUCCUAUUGCAGGUGGAUAAAAAUGGAAGUGGUCAGGGUCUGACUCGUCGUGUGCAUUCAACCUCAAAGGGAGAAACGGCCUCCCUCUUCAAAGGCAUUUAUGGAAAGGUUUUACUUUUCUGAGGAUGGGCGCAGAAAUAAAUGUAUGCUUCCUUUUCAAUGCAGUUCAGUUUUAUUGCUGUUUCAAAUUGAGAAAGAUGCGUGAACAGAACAAAAAUGCAGUAUCUUAUGAGUAGUCAGUAAGGUGGAUCACUUAAACAAAAACCUCAGUAAUGCAUUUGACUGUAGAUGCCACAUGGGCUCCCCUCCCCCGUGUACCAGUAUCUUUGAAGACUGUACUGUGCUUCCUGUCCUUCAUGCAUCUGGUGUCAUGUUUCACUUCCACAAGUGUAGUCAUGUGUUUCAGAGAAAGGCAAAUCAGUGGUUCAGUUUGUUCAGCCUUAAUUAGGAUAUACAUCUUUAUUUGUUUAUAAAUUUUAAGAGAUUUUUUAAAAGUACAGAAGAUUUUCUUAAGAACAAAUAUGGUUUUCCAGUGGAAAAACACAGGGAUCUUGCAGUGACCUCCCAGCCCGAUUUGCAAAACAGUGAUCCAAUGUAUGAAUUGGACUGGAUUCUGAGUCAUAAUAUCACCACUGAGUCAUCGUUGAAUUUAAAAACCAUGUUGGUCACAACACAGCAGCCCAGCCCAGAUACAGAAGUCUCCACACUGCACACAACAAUAUGUUAGUGGCUAACAAAAUGGCUAAGGAACGCUUUUUACCAUCAGUUUAAAAAGAGUAGUAAAAAUGAAUCGCGUGUUUGAUAAAGUUCAGUCAACUUUCAAAUGCCCCACACUCACGGCCACUCACACUCCUCAUUAGGUGUGUGUUACUCUGUGUUACUGUAAUGCUGUCUUUUUUUUUAACAUUAAAAGCAAAUCAUAAUUUUUGUACCUUUCAGCAUACAUGUUUACACUUCAUACAACACGUAGACCUACACACUUGAAUGGAUAAGGUGUGGCAUGGCAUGAGGAGUCUUUUGUCACUAAUCAGUACAUAUAUAAAUAUGAUUAUAUACAUGUAUAGAUGAACUGUAUAUUUUACAUAUGUGUGUAUAUAUGUAUACAUAUGUGUGUGUAUAUAUGU